UAGUUUUCUGUCUGUGCUAGCUGGCAACACUGGCUCUGCCGCCGACGGCAAGUUUUCCCUCAUAUUUGUUGCGAAUUGUUAUAAAAAUCGAUCGCAGAUUUUUCCGUAUGCGAAUGCGAUAGAUAAAGUGGCACAAAAUCUUUAACCAACAACAACAAAAGCAACAUGCUUAAUUCUACAGUAUGUGUGUUUCAUUGCCAAAGCAACGUUUACGCUAACAUACUCUCCCCAGAGAGCAGAUAAAUACAAAAUACACAUAAUAAAAAUCAAAACCAAACAUCAAAUAGCAAAUUACAAACAAAAUCUAACACCACAACAACAACCACAAAAUAUCGAAAGUAAAGAAACGAGACGAAAGAGAGCUCUUCAUUAUUUGUGUAUCCGUGUGUGUCGUCUCUCUCGCGUGUGUGUCCGUGCCUAUACCGUUGUGUGUGUGUGUGAGAGAGUAUUGCUGUGUGCGUGCAGCAGAAUCAAUAAUAAAAAAUAAAAAUCCAAAAUAAAAAGAGCAGAAAAAGCAGCAAGCAAAUGUGCAAAAUACUACAGAGUAUCAAAAUCAACAACAAAUAACAACACAUCGGAUAAAUAACAAUAAUAGCAAUACACUAUAAGCAAACAACGUUGAGAAAAUGAGGUGCUGCUGCUGUGCGAAGAAAACAAGCCAAGAACUAUGACGCAUCAAAAUCAUCAGACAAACGGCGCAAGUUUGGAGGAUUGCCACACAAACUUUUAUGCCUUGACUGAUUUAUGUGGAAUAAAGUGGCGGAAGUUCGUUAACGGGGAGCGACCGAACGCAUCGAGCGAUCCUUUGGCGGACCCGAUCCUGCGCUCAUAUUCGCGAUGCAUCCAGGCGGACAUGCUGUGCGUGUGGAGGAGGGUCCAAUCCACGAAGACGGACCACGCCGACCCGAAUGCCUUAACCUUCGAGAUGACCACGUCGACCAAGGUCCACCCGCCCCUUUCGCUGGCCGCCGCCAAGGAGCUAUGGAUCUUCUGGUACGGCGAGGAGCCCGAUCUCAGUGAACUGGUCGAUGCCGAGCUGCUCCGAGUAGCGGCCAACCAAGCGCUUUGGAAUGGCACCUGGAAAGGAGCUCUCACCUACGAGUGCCGGUCGCUGCUCUUUAAGGCGCUGCACAAUCUCAUGGAGAGAUUCGUGCUUACCAAGGACAUUGUGCGCUUUGGAAAAUGGUUUGUGCAGCCCUGCACCUCCAGCGAUCGCCUCUUUGGACGCAGCUCCCAGCACUUGUCCUUCUCAUUUACGUUCUUUGUGCACGGCGACACCGUUUGUGCCUCCAUAGAUUUGCGCGAGCAUCCCGCCGUGCGUCCGCUGACCAAGGAGCACUUGACCGAAGCGGCGGCAGCCUUUGCAGCGGCCAGUUCUCCGCCAGGAUCAAAUGGAUCUGCGGCGUCAGCAGGGGGAGCUGUGCCUAAUCCUGGUCAGGAUCCAAAUGGAGCCAGCAUGGAUGGACUGGACGGCGGAGAGGGAGCGGCCAAGGCAGCGCCACCUCCGCACGCGCGAAAGGUUAUGCUGGCGCCCUUUGGAAUUGCUGGCAUACUUACCGGCAAUAGCUAUAAGGCCAGCGAUCCCAUAGCCGAGAAGAUCCUUGAGGAUUGGGCCUCGUUUUUUCCGCUGUGCAAUAAGGAUAACACGGAUGUGCCACCCGUGGUGGAAGUGGUGUCGGGUGGUCAUAAGAUGUAUCAUCCCACGAACUACGUACUAGUCACAGACCUGGACGACAUGGAGCACAUGGAAUUCGUCGAGAUGCAGAAGAUGCAAAGCUCAGUGGCCGGAGCGGCGGCCGAGUCAGCUGUUCUGGCCUCGCUUUCCUGCCCACCGGGAGCAGCAUCUGCUCCUUCAUCGAUGGGAGCAGCUCCAUCUGCAACAGCGGUUCCCUUGGGUCCAGCUUCCCUCAAUGCGCCAGCUUUAGCAGGAGCAGGUGUCGGAGCCACCGCAUCUUCCGCCGCCAAAGAGAUAUCCCGCAAGGCAGCUCCACAAGCGGUUAGCGCCCUGGAACGUCUCGCCUUCCAGCCCUACUACGAUCAACGGCCCACCUCGGGCUUCACCUUCAAUACCAACAAUACUCACAUACCCGCCUCGGCAGCCGUGGAAAUGCCGGAACGAACCUGGCAGGAUUGCGUGAUGAACACGCUCCAUGUGGAUGCAGCGGCGGCGGCAGCAGCAGUUGCUUCGUCUACGCCCGCCUCGGGAACUGGGUCAUUAUCCGCGGAUGGGGACGAGAAUGAGCAGAAUAAACCGCCACAGGACUCCAAGCAACUGGUGCAGCAGCAGAUCCAGCAGCAACAGCAACGCCAAAAGCUCUGGAACUUUGUGGAUCCCAUGCAAAAGGCACCCUGCAUAUGCACCAAACAUCUGGGAAACACACCUCAUGGAACACCACACGGCGGCGCUUCAACGUACUCCCGCAACUCCUUGGGCGGCGAUUCCUCGAUGCCGGUGGCCUCCGUGGAAUCACCGGCAACGCCGGCUCCCUCUCCGCAUCCGAAUUCGGCGCACUCGCAACCGACAUCCGUGCCGCCCGCUGAGCAACUGCUCAAUAUGAGUCCUCAUGCGCCAACUUCCGUUUCCAAUCUCCAACAGCCGCCGACGCCUAUCGACCACCUGCUGGACAAGAAUACACCGGCGCCAACGCCAACGGACCAGCACGACAGCAAGAGCAUUACGGCCUCGCCCUAUGUUCAUCAGACGCCAAGCGUGGAGCCGCCCUCGUAUACGGAUCAUGCGGCCGGCGGAGGGCCAGCUGGUGGGCAGGGCCUUGGUACGGGUCCAGGUAGUGUGCCCGCCCAGCAACCGGCUACGCCCACAGCAGCAACGUCAGCUGGUGGCGCCGGAUCUGGCGGACCUUCAAAUGCAAUUGGAGCAAAUGCGGUUGGUACUAUAAGUGUCAAGAAGCUUGAGAUGCAGCAGCAGACUCCAUCGGCAGCUAUGGCCAUCAAGCAGGAGCCUGGUGCUCAAGGUCGGGGGGUUGGAGGUGUUACCUCCACCACGGAGGCCUUGAACAACUUUAAGCGACUGUACAACCCGCCAAAGCUGACGUUAAAGGAUCCGGACAGCUUCUACGACGAGGAGUGGCUCAAGGAGGUCAUCUAUGACUUUCAGUACCAGGAAUACUGGGACUAUAGCACGGUGAAACGUCCGAAGAUGGAAAAGCAACGGAGACCUAGGUAUGCCAAGAACCUUUACGAAGGACAAAACCACGUGAAGCCCGUGAUGCCUUCGCCAGGAUCCGUUUAUGGCUCACAGUUGCUUUCCUUGGAUGAGUCAGCGAGCCAAGCAGGAGGGAGAGGCGGUGGAGGACAGGCGGCGGGCAGCUCCGGCGGUGGUCUAGUGGGCAUUGCCAACAGUACUGCCAGUGGCAGUGAUGUAGAAGCUGAUGGUAGCAGCUUCUUCCAGGGACUGAACAUUAAGACAGAGCCUGGAUUGCAUUCCCCUUCUUGCAAGGAAACGUCGAAAUCCUCGGGCGGCAACAGCAGCGGUGGAGGAAGUGGUAGCGGUGGUAAUCUCUUCACAGCUGAAGGCUUGAAUCCCUCGCUCAACGAUCUGGAGCAGUUGUUUGAGACAAGCUCGAACGACGAGUGCAGCAGUGUGCAAAUCCACACGCCACCCGAUUCUAACAACCCCUCGAAUGGCGGCUGCAGUGCUGUGACCAAUACGAUCGAAGACCUCAAACGGAGCACAGCGGUGGCCAGUGCUGCCGUAGCAGCGGCAGCAGCAGCUGCGGCCUCGGGCGCGGGCAAUAUCCAGGCGGAGGAUCUUACCAAGAUGUUUCCCACACCACCGUCUCACGAGCAGCAGCACCCGAACUCGAGUCCCUGUCAAACGGACGUGGUUAUGACGGAUCUCAGUGUGGACACCACCACAACCAUUAUAACCAGUAGUAUCACCACUACUUGCAAUACCACUAUCACGAGUAGUAUCAACACCACCACAACAGCCUGUAGCAACCCAAGCAACAGUAUUAUGCUGGCUGCCGCACAAGCUCCCGUCACCGUGGUGGCCAUCCAGACUGUCUCCAAAAUGGUAAAGCAGGAGUAUAACCUGGAGCUGGGUAGUCCUAUGGAAGAGCCCAUUAAUGACUGGGAUUAUGUGUACCGACCUCCGCAACAGGAGAAGUUUGUGGGCUCGACGCGAUAUGCUCCAUUGACCAACCUGCCCAGUCAGACACAGCCGCCGCUGACUCUGCCUACGGGAUGCUUUUAUCAACCCACCUGGAGUAGUCACAAAUCAAGAGCAGCAACUUUGGCUAAAGCAGCGGCAGCUCAACAGCAGCAGCAUCAGAAACAUCAGGCCCUUCAGCAGCGCAUCCAAUUGCAUCAGCAGAAACUACAGCAGCUCCAGCUUCAGAAUCAGCAGCAACAACAAGCGGCAGCCGCAGCAGCAGCGGCGGCUAGUGGAGGAGUUGGCCACCAGAAGCACCAGCAUCAGCACCUUCAUGAUCUCCUGUCAGCGGCGCCGAGGACACCAUUAACGCCCUCUACUGUUCCGCAACCGUUGAGCAGUGGUGGCAGUCAGUAUUUGCUGAAUCAGUUGAACUGCCCACAAGCGCCACCUGGUGCCUCCAUGCAGCAGCUAAUGCACCGAGCGGGGAUGUCACCAAUUUCACCGGGACCCGGAAUGGGUCCGUAUGCCGCCAGAAGUAGUCCAAUGUCGAGGGCAACCCCCACGCAUCCGCCACCGCCAUAUCCGUAUGACUUGGCUGUGGCCAGUCCAGCUACCUCCACAUCAUCGUACUUGAACCGGCCGCUUCACUCGCAAGAGCAUCCGCACAUGCAUGGCUUGGGCGGCGGAGCAACGGGAGUUGUGGGUCACGGAACAGGAGGUGGCGGGCACAUGGGUAUGGUAGCGUACACUGGCGAUGCGGGCAUUGUCAGUGGUGGAACAGCGAUGGCAGCCGGAUCCUCGUCCUUGCUUCAGGAAUUACCAGAAGUAAAUUCUGUCCUAGUUAACAUCCUGCUGUACGAUACCGCCUUGAAUGUCUUCCGGGAUCACAACUUUGAUAGUAGCAGUGUGUGUGUGUGCAAUGCGGAUACGCAAAAGAUUGGCAAUAUUCGCGGAGCGGAUUCCGGAGUAUAUGUACCCCUGCCCGGGGUUAGCUUCAAUCCUUUCCCUUCCGGAGCUGGAGGCGCUUUGGCUGGACAGCGAAUGCUCAAUGGACCCAGUUCCGCCGGUUUUGGCGGCAUGCGGAUGAUCAGUGCCUUUGGGGGUUCGCCAGCCUCAGCCUCGAUGCCCGGAGCUGGCUCCGGACAUGGCCAUGGUCCAAAUGGUGGCUCCAACUCGUCGUCUUGCACGCCGCCCAGCAGUAAUCCCCAUAUCACCGGGUAUGUGGACGAUGAUCCCGUGGAGUGUACGUGUGGUUUCAGUGCAGUGGUUAAUCGAAGACUCUCUCAUCGCGCUGGACUCUUUUACGAAGAUGAGGUGGAGAUCACGGGCAUCGCGGAUGAUCCGGGCAGGAAUAAGCAGCCCACGUUGCUCAGUAUCAUCCAGAGUCUUAGCAGGAAAAACCAAAACAAGCAGGGACCUGGAGAAACAAGCUCUGCAUUGGAUAAAAUUGGAGCGGGAGGAUUGCCUAAUGGACAACUGGAGCAAUUGGGUCAUGCUGUAUUUGACCUGCUAUUGGAUCAGUGCUCUAUCAUCCAAACAUCUAGCAGUUCGGUGCACAGAGCACUUCAGUCUCAUCGGAGGCGAAUGUCCCGCCAACGAAGGAUCUUCGGUAACAAUGGAGCUCCCACUGCCUCAUUGGCAUCAAUUGCAAAUGUUCUAGAGUUUAUGGAUGCACACGACGUUAUAAGUUUGGCCCUGGAGCAGUCGAGAUUGGCAUUCGAAAACCAGCGGAUGGACAACAUGAUGGACUUCCAUGGGAAUGGUAGCAGUAGCUCGCAUCAGCAGCAGCAACUGACAGCUUUCCAUGCGCCACCACCUGCUUUGCGUCACAAGCUAGCAGGUAUUGGUGCUGGGCGGUUGACGGUUCACAAGUGGCCAUAUCUUCCCGUCGGUUUCACCCGUAGCAAUAAGGAGAUUGUACGCACCAUGAAUGCUAUACAGCCGAUGCUGCAGAAUGCAUUCCAUUGCAAAUCCAGGGGCGGCUCAGGUUCCAAGGAUGCCAGUUCGUACAAUACGGUGAGUGGACCGCUAACCUGGCGCCAAUUCCAUCGACUGGCAGGCCGUGCAUCCGGACAAUGUGAGCCGCAACCGAUACCAUCCGUGGUGGUGGGCUACGAGAAGGAUUGGAUCUCGGUGGCACCGCACUCCAUCCACUAUUGGGAUAAGUUUCUCCUGGAACCGUACUCCUAUGCCAGGGAUGUUGUAUACGUGGUAGUGUGUCCGGACAACGAGCAUGUGGUAAAUUGUACUCGCAGCUAUUUCCGGGAACUAAGCAGCACCUACGAGAUGUGCAAGCUGGGCAAACACACACCCAUCCGAGGAUGGGAUGGUUUCCUUCAAGUAGGCGCUGCUCGCAACAACGUGCCUGCGGAUCGGGAAACAACUCCCUUGGAUGAUUGGCUGCGUACCCUGGAACAUGCUGCUCUGGCGGAGCAAAUCCGUCGGUAUGCAGUUGCCUUUAUUCACCAGUUGGCUCCAUACCUAAGUCGAGUGCCAAAUGAUAAAACGCUGUUGAAUCCACCAGAUGGCAGUGGCAACUCACACUCUAAAGGAGGAAGCUCUUGCUCCUCGAAUAGCUCUUCAGUCAGCGGAUUGCCAGGCGGGGACUUACCCACGGAUAAUAUAAAGCUGGAGCCAGGUACAGAACCACAAGUCCAACCGAUGGAGACUAACGAAAUAAAACAGGAACCCGGAGUGGGAAAAGGAGGCACUGCAGCAGGUGAAACCAAACCAACUCUGAUCCUCGGAGAUCCGUUGGGAAUGGGCGAGACUUUGGAGGACAUCAACCCGUCAGCCAUUGUCCUUUAUGUGGUCAAUCCGUUCACUUUCGCCUCGGAUAGCUGCGAGCUGGAGCGUCUAGCUCUGAUUGCUCUACUUCGUUGCUAUGCGGAACUGCUGAAAGCAGUCCCAGAUUCAGUGCGAUCCCAGAUGAACAUACAGAUUAUAUCGCUAGAAUCGGUAAUGGAACUGGGUCCGUGCGGCAAUCGAAAGCGUUUCUCGGACGAGAUUAGGUGCCUGGCUCUAAACAUAUUUUCGCAGUGCCGGCGACAUCUGGUGCAUGCCCAAUCCGUUAAAAGUCUUACUGGCUUUGGUACGGCGGCUAAUAUGGAGGCGUUUCUCAAGACAAAGGAUGAACCCAAUCGCCGGGCCUACAAGAUGUACACGGCUCCCUUUGUUCUGGCACCAAUGCACGAGAGGAAUGACAAAACGGACUUCUCCAGAUCAGCGGGAAGUAUGCAUGGCCAGAAUGAACAUCGUUAUUCGGUUAUGUAUUGCAAUUACUGCCUAAGUGAGGAUCAGGCUUGGCUUUUGGCCACCGCCACUGAUGAAAGGGGCGAGAUGCUGGAGAAGAUCUGCAUUAAUAUUGAUGUGCCAAAUCGUGCUCGGAGGAGAAAAGCCCCUGCUCGCUAUGUGGCCCUAAAGAAACUGAUGGACUUCAUCAUGGGAAUCAUCUCGCAGACAUCGCAAAUGUGGCGUUUGGUUAUCGGACGCAUUGGAAGGAUCGGACACAGUGAACUGAAGUCGUGGAGUUUUUUGCUCAGCAAGCAACAGCUGCAAAAGGCAUCCAAGCAAUUUAAGGAUAUGUGUAAGCAAUGUACAUUGAUGUAUCCACCCACGAUCCUGAGUGCUUGCCUUGUGACCUUGGAGCCGGAUGCCAAGCUGCGCGUGAUGCCCGACCAGUUUACGCCAGAUGAGCGCUUCUCACAGAUUUCCAUGCAGAACCCGUUGGCCACUCCACAGGACGUGACCUGCACCCACAUCCUGGUCUUUCCCACUAGCGCCGUCUGUGCGCCUUUUACGCGCCAGUUCCAAAACGAGCCGCAAGUAGAUGACGACUUUCUAACAUUCGAGGAAGAGGGCAACGAGGACUUCAGCGAUGCGGACAUUGGAGAUCUCUUCUGGGACACUCAUAUGGACAGAGUAUCCAAUCAUGGUAGUCCCGGUCGCAUGGAUGACAAUCGGAGUUGGCAGAGCGCUGGCGGUAAUAAUUUCAAGUGCACGCCGCCCCAGGAAGUAGAGGAGGUUGGUUCACUCAACCAGCAGCCCAUAUCAGUGGGUUACAUGGUGUCCACGGCGCCAACCGGUCGCAUGCCUGCUUGGUUCUGGUCCGCCUGUCCGCAUCUAGAAGACGUUUGUCCGGUGUUUCUGAAGACAGCCCUCCAUCUCCAUGUGCCCAGCAUACAGUCUGCCGACGAUAUUCUCAACUCGACCAAUGCCCAUCAGUCAGGCAACGAUCAUCCGCUUGACUCCAAUCUCACAGCGGAUGUGCUGCGCUUCGUCCUCGAGGGAUACAAUGCCCUUUCCUGGCUGGCGCUCGACUCCAACACACACGAUCGUCUCUCCUGUCUGCCCAUCAAUGUCCAGACGCUAAUGGAUCUGUACUAUCUGACGGCUGCAAUAGCCUAAGGUCCGGGAUCUCAGAUCCUUUGGAUCAUCUAAAAAACUAAAUCAAUCAAACGCAGUCGCAUGCUUCCGUUUGCAGAACUUCCACUAGCUAACUAGCUAUAUCACAUCUUCAAAGAACAACAGAAUACAGAACCGAAAGGAUCUGAAGCUGAAUCAACACCAAGUAACCCUGAAUAGAAGUUAACAGAAUCGAAAAACAACAACAGAACAACCAGAGCAAUAGCAGCAGCAGUUAACGCAACGCACAGAUUACUUAGCAUAAUCAACAGGAAAACUAAACAUAAACCGAUGAACCGAUGAAAGCGGCGGAUAAAACAUUAUCGUCUACCGAUAAGUCUUGAACAGCAACAGCAUUACUAUUUAUUAGUCGUCGAGAAUUUGUAAAAGUGUCAAGUGCAAGAAUUGUUUGUUUAAUUUUAUUUUUAUAUAUAUACAUAGGCUGGCGUUCGAUUAGUGUUUAAUAUUUAUAAAUAUACAAAGGGGAGCGAAUGAGAUAGCAAAAAGCAAACAACAACAAACAACCACACACAUAUAAGCAUAUAGUUCAUAUAUAUACAAUAGCGGAGUGGAGUUAACGCGAGAAACAUAUUAGCAUAAGUAAAAAAGUUUGUACAUAUUUACAACCAAUUCGCCGAAAGCAGCAAACCAGCAGCAACAACAAAGCAAAACAAAAGUGUAAUUAUACAAUUAGAAAUUAGUUUACAACAAAUUGGAGGAGCAGAAGAGGAGACCCUAUUUAAAUCUAAUAAAUUAAAUCAAUAAAUUGUGUAAAUUUUUGUGCAAAGCGAGAAUUAGUUUAAAUUUAAAUUAUACAAGAAGAAAGUGUAAAACAACACCGAACACACGCAUUAAACGGCCCACACGACGGAAACAACAAAACAUAUAAUUAACUGAAACGGUAUACUGUAAAUUGCAUAUAUAAAAACUAUAUAUAUCUGGACGCCUAGCGCAGAUGAUGAUGAAGGACGUAGAGGAAGGAGUAGGAGUAAGUAGAGGACGCGGAUAGGAGUAGAGUUAGCAUGAGCGGUUAGGAAGAGUUUUUAAUUUCGUGUGUUUUUUGUUGUCUUUUGUAUUUGUAUAAUCCUAGGGAAACAUUUGUACUUCACACAGAUACUGAACCCGACCCGACCCGACCCAACCCAACCCACAAACAACAAACACACACACACACACCACUCACAUAGCCAAUUUUCUAAUAAUGGAAUACUUAAACGAAAAUGUGUACAAAUUAAUAAUAACGAUUGUAAAGAACGGGAAAGCUUUCUACACUCACCAACAACACAACAACCACAAUUGAGUUUGCACGUUAAAUCGAUUUUCGCUAGGCUUAAGUUUAAAACAAAAUCAAUUAAGUAAAGAAAGAAAACCAAUAUUAAACAAUGAAAUUAUUUUUACCUGUGUAUUUUAAUUAGCGUAAAUUGUGUAAACCACAAAACCUACGAUUACAAAGACGUUUUCUAGUAAUUACCAACACCAACAUAGAAACACACAACACCCCACACGCGUAUCUUUUAAGUAGUUUCGAUUUCAUUUAGUAUUCUUUUUAUUUGUGUAAUAAACCGAACUUGUUUGCAAACCUGUUUGUUCAUCAUUAUUUCAUUUGAUUCCGCAUUCCGUAUUCCGUAUCUGUAUCCAUAUCCUAUCGCUCAGAGCCCCAACUAGCCCAGAUCCCACGUAGAACACCCAUAUCUAUAUAUCACGCAAGUGCACGCUGUAAAUAAGGAACCGCUUACAAUCAUUUUCUAGAGAUCGAUAUUAUCGUGCUUGCCGAGUUUUUCCUAGCUAAGGGUUUCAGUUGCCACACACACUCUAUCACUCAUUUCCCGGGAAACCGAAGUGCCCGGGCGCCAAUAAAAGCAAAUAAUUAUAGCAAUAAUUAAGUGUAAAGCACAACAAAUGUUUAACGAUUCAUGAAAACGGAAAAAUUAAAUAUGAAAACCAACUCAAAACAUUUACUGCAACAAUUGACAACAAGCGUUCAUAGCAAAACCAAACGAAAAAAAAUAUAGAAAACAAAAGGAAAAAAUUAUAUAUGGAUAUGGAUUUAAAACCAAAAUGGGAACAGUUUUUUAAUAAGCAAAACUCAGUUUACGAGUUGAACAUUUUCUAAAUACGGAUUAGAUUAAACUAAGGACAACCACAAUUCACUUGGAGAUUAAGAUGAGGAAAUGCGAGCGACUACAAGUUAUACACGUUCAUUGUAAAGUUAAUUUAGGGCAAGUUCCAGGCUUGAGAACUAAUUAAAAAUUAAACAACACAAAACAGAAAAACCACAAAGCAAAGGAAAAUUACAAACAAAAAAGUGCAUUAAGCGUUGUCGAGGAAAACAUUUACUAGCCUAGCCUAGUAUGCAAUUAUUAAGUUAAAUUAGUUUCGAGGACAUUCGAUCGAUAAGUCCCGAAAACAAAAUCCUCCAGUAUCGAAGGACGUGGAGCAAUUUGAAGUGAAAACAGACAUUUGUUUAUAAAACAAAAGAGCGCAUGUUAUAGACACCAUACACACACUAUAUAUACACAAAUAUAUAUCGAGAUUGGUACGAGAACGUGAAUGUCAAAAUCUAGCUACAGAAUUGCAUAUUAUAUAAUAUAUACAAUUAAAUUAAAGGGCAAAAACAAAAUGUUGUUGUAGUCAAAUUACAAUUAAGUUUUGUUUUGCUACCAAGUCAGAAACAAAACAAGAGCAAAAUUGAUGAGCAAAUAGCAAAGGUCAAACAAUGGGUCAAAUUUUAAAUGUGCAAAGCAAAACCGACACAAAAAGGAACAACAAAUUUUUUGUAAUUUCUUUACAGAUUAUAGAUUUGUUUGGCAAACAGGUGGUAACAAAUACAAACUAAAAAACAAUUUUUCAAAUAAAACUAACAUCAAAUUCAAAACGUAAAGUUUUUUCUCUU